AGGAGGAGGAGAAAAAGCUUUUCUCCACUCUUGUUUCGGAGCCCCUGGAAGGAAGGAGAAGCAGCUGGAUGUGGGCUCAUCUUCUCCCGGCUCUCUCCUCGGUCUCUCCCGUCGCUGCGGACUCGGACAUGCAGCUUUAACCGAGGAAAGGAAAACAAUAAACCGACCGUGUUUGUUUCUGCCGUGGGAAUGUCGACCAACUGAAAGUUCAGGGACACUUUGAGGCUCCAGUUCGGUCCGGUUCGGGUUCCUCACAGCAGGAUGUGAAUCUGGGAAGUAGUCCAGGAGCCGAGGAGCGACAGGAGGAGUGAAAUUAAAGCGUUUUUUAGGGAAUAUCAGUGAUUGAGAGGACAGAGAGUUGCUUCUUGACAUGAUCGUCCAGCAGGCCUGAACACUGAGCUGGUGACUGAGGAGUUUGAUGUCAUCAGAGGACGUUCACUUUAAUUAGGCUCUGCUCCUCCACUAAGCCGCCCUUCAGACCGAAGCUGUGAUUAGCCCGAAUUACCAGAUACCAUGGAGCAGUGGUGGAGGUGGCACUUCGCAGUGGUUACCAUGGUUACAGUGUACUUCAGUUCAUGUCAGUGCGACAACAGAGUGUUUCCAUCGGAAACGCUGAUCAACAACGUGGUGGCAAACCCCGCCACAGGCCGCCUAUACGUGGGCGCAGUCAACCGCCUCUACCAGCUCAGCUCCGACCUGGAGCUGGAAUCCCGCACAGAGACGGGCCCACAGCGGGACAGCAAGUCGUGCACGCCGCCCAUUACCGAGUCCUGCACCGAGGCAAAGGAAACGAACAAUUACAACAAACUGCUGCUGAUCCAUCCGGACAAAAACCAGCUGGUGGUCUGCGGCAGCAUCUUCAGAGGCAUCUGCUCUCUGAGGAACCUGAGCAGAGUGGAGCAGCGUAUUUACUACAGCGACAGCAACGGGGAGAAGUCGUACGUGGCGAGCGCUGAGGAGGUCGUCUCCGUCGUAGGAGUGAUGUCAUACUUCAAAACUGAAAAUAAAAGGCUCCCAGUUUUCUUGGUUGGUAAAGGGUACGGUGGCCAUGACAGUACCAAGCUGAUCUCCACCCGCCUCCUGGAGUCAGUACCAGAGAAUGAGUGGGUGGAGUUCGACAGCAUCAUCGAAGCCUCGUCGGUCCAGGCCAAUUCCUUCAUCCAGCGCUACCAGCACGACUUUCGCUUCGCCUUUAACGACAGCGGCUUCGUCUACUUCCUGUUCUCCAGGACCAUUUCCUUGCAGGACAACAAGAACUACACCUUCAUCUCCAGGAUGUGUGAGGACGAUCACCACUACUACUCAUACACCGAGCUGCAGCUGAACUGCAGCAGCGAAACCAAGAACUACAACAAAGUUCAGGCUGCUUUCGUUGGACCAGCUGGGAAAGUUCUGGCGCAGCGUUAUGGAACCAUUUCAGCUUCAGACAAAGUUCUGUUCGCCACCUUCACCUCUGAUGACGACUCCUCCGCUUUGUGUAUGACGCCUUUUCCUUUGCUGAAGGUGCAUUUGUCGGCUCAUCCCGAAAUGUACGAGCGGAUGUCGAGCGAAGUCACGGGAGGCAAGGUCAACAAGAACCUUCUGUUGGAUUCCAGCCUCCAACACCUGUACAUCACCUCGGAGAGAAAGAUCACCAAAGUUCCAGUCCAGAGCUGCCACCUGAAGAAAGACUGCCACUCCUGUGUGUCCAUGAAGGAUCCAUACUGUGGCUGGUGUGUCUUGGAUGGAAAGUGUAGCACUAAGAAUGACUGCAGCAGGUCAGACGAGGACAACACAUGGCUGUGGUCUCCCAAUCAGCAGUGCGUUAGGAUCAAAGCCUUUGACCCACCAAACCUCAGCAGCAAGAAGCAAGAGCAGGUCCGGAUCACCAUCCCAUCCCUCCCCAGACUGCAGGAACUGGACCAGCUAGAGUGCGUUUUUGGUUCGUUCCAGACAGGCGCUGUAGUGGAUUCGGCAAACCAGUCGUUGGUGGCGUGCUCGCUACCCAACCGUGAGAGCAUCCCCCCCACGCCUGAGCAGCAGGACUUUGUCUCCGUUCCAGUAAAGAUUCUGGUAAACAACAUCGAGGUGACGUCUGGGGAAUAUCACUUCUACAACUGCGCCGCUACCAUCUGGAAGAACCCGAACACACCGUGUAUCUCCUGUGUGACCAGUCAGUGGAAGUGUCAGUGGAUCCCUCAGGAUCACAGCUGCACUGAUGAGGAUGAAAAAAUGAAUGAUAAUCGUAUAGUGAAACCUCAACAGCGGGAAAAUUGUCCUCAGUUCGGGUUUCCUGAGCCGCUGCUGAUCCCCGUCGGCCAUGAGAUGCCCAUCAGCUUCCAGGGAAGGAACCUGGAAAACUACGAGGGAGGGAGCUUCUCCAUUGGCACAGAGCUGAUGAAGAAUACUGAGCAGGAGGUCACGCGGGAAGAAGGCUCAAAAUUCAAAUUCCACGGUUAUCAGUUUGCUUACGACAAGCAGCAGGAGGUGAACAUAUCGUUCCACAUCAAAGACCGAGUCACUGAGAGGAAGAUUGACAGCACGCUGACAGUCACGCUGUACAACUGCUCGGUGGGGAGAGGGGACUGCAGUCUGUGUAAACACGCCGCCGCCGAGUACGGCUGUGUUUGGUGCAAAGACACCAAAACCUGUGUUUAUAAGGACAUCUGCAAUUUACCAGAGCUGGGCCAUUGCCCCAACCCGGAAAUAACUGAUAUCAUUCCUCGCUUCGGCCCCAUCAAUGGUCAGAUCUCAGUGACCAUCAAAGGCUCCAACAUGGGAAUAAAGAAGGAGGACGUGAGAAGGAUCACUGUGGCAGGAGUGAACUGUGUUCACAUGGAGGAGAGAUACUCUGUCUCCACCAGUGUGGUGUGUGAGAUCGGUCCGAAGCGAAUACCGCCUCACGACAUCCCGCUGGAACAGACGGAGAGCGGACCGGUGGAGAUAGAGGUGGAGGGAGACAGACGAGGAACCUCUAAGAUCAACUUCACUUAUCGGGAUCCCAAACCGAAAACCGUCCAUCCGUCGAAGGGUCCUGCAGCCGGAGGAACAGAGAUAACCAUCAAAGGAGACGCCUUGGAAACGGCUACUAAAGACGACGUUACCGUCUCCGUCGGUGACGUUGCUUGUGAAAUUUUAUCAUUUGGGGAAACCAUCUCCUGUAAGACCGGCCGCUAUAAUGGCCAGAAGGUUCCUUCAGAUCUGCUGACGGUUAAGGUGAAGUACGGGAAAAACACCACCAAGGAAAUCUAUUCUGCUUUCCAGUACUUAGAAAACCCCAAGAUCUCCGACUUCCACCCCAAAGCCAGCUUCUGUAGCGGCGGUCGGAGGAUUGUUGUGAUGGGAAGCAGGUUUGAUCUGAUCCAGUUGGCCACCUUGAAAGUUCAACCCUCCUCCGAUGACUCUUCAGUCAACACAUCUCUAGGGCUGUCAAAGCAUCUGAGUAAAAACGACACGGUGCUGGAGUUUUACUCCCCGAAGGUGAACGUCUGCGACGACGUCCAGUCGCUCAGGACCUUCAUACAGCUGGACAACAUGGAGGAGGAGCUGAAAGGCUUUAACUACCACCAAGACCCCACCUUCGACAAGCUGGCCAAGAACACCAUCACAGAGAACAUCGUCAUCAUCGUGACGGGGCGAGGUUUCUCCAAGGCCAUAACGGUGGAUGAGGUCCAGGCAACCGUUGGGGACGCCUUCUGUAACAUCAACAUACUGCAGGAUGAUAAAUUGAUCCUGGAGGCUCCUUCUACAAAGCCCAGUGCCAGACCCAGAGAGCAGGACCCAGCCAACGACAAACUCUACCUCAGGGUGAUGUUUGGUCAGGCAGUGUGGACUGUGGACUCGGUGCAAUACGCCAGUAAAGAUGACAUUCCUCUGGCCAUAAUCAUCCCUGCUGUGAUCCUGCCCAUGGUGCUUUUCAUCGCUCUGUCAAUCUACUGCUACAGGAGGAAGAGCCGACAGGCGGAGCGGGAGUACGAGAAGGUCAAACAUCAGCUGGAGAGUCUGGAGGAAAGCGUCCGCGAUCGCUGCAAGAAGGAGUUUACAGAUCUGAUGAUUGAAAUGGAGGAUCACACCAGUGACCUGAGCGAAGGUCGUAUCCCCUUCCUGGACUAUAAAACCUACACAGACAGAAACUUCUUCCUGCCGUCCAAAGAAAACGCCAACGACCCUAUGAUCACCGGAAAAAUACAAAUCCCAGAAGCUCGUAGGGCGACCGUGACGCAGGCGCUCAACCAGUUCUCCAACCUGCUGAACAGCAAAACUUUUCUCAUCAACUUUAUUCACACAUUGGAGAGCCGUCCGGACUUUAACGCCCGCUCUCGGGGAAACUUUGCCUCCCUUCUGACGGUGGCGCUGCAUGGUAAGCUGGAGUAUUACACAGACAUCAUGAGGACGCUGCUGCUGGAGCUGAUGGACGAACACGUUCAGAAUAAAAACCCCAAACUGAUGCUCAGGAGGUCAGAGACGGUGGUGGAGAGGAUGCUUUGUAACUGGAUGUCCAUCUGCUUGUACCAGUUCCUCAGGGACACUGCUGGAGAACCUUUAUACAAACUGUUCAAGGCCUUGAAGCACCAGGUGGAGAAGGGCCCGGUGGACGCCAGGCUGAAGAAAGCCAAGUACACGCUGAACGACACGGGGCUGCUGGGAGACGAUGUGGAGUACUCAGUGCUGGUUAGUUCACACUUAGAAACACUGAGAUUCCUCCUUUUAGUCAAUAGAACCAAACAGUGGCGUCCCGGCUCCACGGGUCAGAUCCUGUCUGAUCUGGACCUCACGUCCCAGAAGGAGGGCCGCUGGAAGAGACUGAACACGCUGGCUCAUUAUAACGUCCGGGACAACGCCACCUUGGUUCUGUCCAGAGUUCUGCACACGCAGUCGUUCCACCAACACCAGGACAGCCAUGAUGAGAAAAACGCGCUGCUGGAGGACGACAACACCUUCCACCUGGUGAGGCCCACGGAUGAAAUCGACGAGGUGAAGUCGAAGAGAGGCAGCAUGAAGGACAAGGCCAUGACCAAAGCCAUCACAGAGAUCUACCUGACCCGGCUGCUCUCUGUCAAGGGCACCCUGCAGCAGUUUGUGGACGAUUUCUUCCGCAGCGUUCUGUGCACCAGCUCUGCCGUCCCUCCGGCCGUCAAAUACUUCUUUGACUUUCUGGACGAACAGGCGGAGAGACACGACAACGUGGACGAGGAGACGCUGCACAUCUGGAAGACCAACAGCCUGCCUAUGCGGUUCUGGGUGAACAUCCUUAGAAACCCGCACUUUAUCUUUGACGUCCACGCGACGGAGGUGGUGGACGCCUCGCUGCACGUCAUCGGUCAGACCUUCAUGGACGCCUGCACCAAGACGGAGCACAAACUCAGCAGGGAGUCUCCCAGCAACAAGCUGCUCUAUGCAAAAGAGAUUUCCACGUACAAGAAGAUGGUGGAUGAUUACUACCGAGGCAUCAGGCAGAUGGUUCCAGUCAGUGACCAGGACAUGAACACGCACCUCGCUGAGGUGUCCCGGCAACACACAGACAAGCUGAACACCCAGGUGGCCUUACAUCAGCUCUACCAGUACGCCAGCAAGUACUUCGACCUGAUCAUCCAGUCGCUGGACGAGGACCCGGCCGCCCAGAACCGACAGCUCACGCUCCGCCUCCAGCAGGUCGCCGCCGCCCUGGAGAACAAAGUCACGGACCUUUGACCUCACAGAGGGGGAGGAGCUUAUCAGCUUUGUUUUCCAGUUAAGGACUUAGAUCAAUCUGAGCGUACGGACUCAUCCAAUGUGUCAAGAGCCGGAGAACAGGACUGAGAGGAGGUUCUGGAAACAGAAGCACUGAUUUAUUUUAUUUUAUUUUUUUCCUUUUUGGUACCUGGAGGCUAAAUUCCCACUCAGCUUCCCAAAAACAGGAAAAUCAAGGAAUCAGUUCGAAACAACUGAAAUUAAUUCAUUUUGAGGAAAUUGGAUUUUUUUUUCUUUGUGGACGUUUGGAUUCAGCUGCUCCAGCAUCCGACCACUUUACGAAGUCUACAAACUGUGGAUAAAACGUAGACCUCCAGCAUCAGAAGGCAGUCUGACCUCGGAUCAGCGGCAG